GGCUUGCGGCUGGAGCCAUGUUCCGAAUCAAGCUGGAGCCGUUGAGGAUGAGCGCGUGGGGCAUGAAUGUGUUUGUAAAGUUUCGGAAUAAAGAGUCGGUGGCAGGGACCGUUGCCACGAUGGGGAAGGAUUACUACAAGGCCCUGGGGAUCCAGUCAGGGGCCAACGAAGACGAGAUCAAGAAAGCCUACCGGAAAAUGGCCUUAAAGUACCACCCGGACAAGAACAAGGACCCCAACGCCGAGGACAAGUUCAAGGAGAUUGCCGAGGCCUACGACGUCCUGAGCGAUCCCAAGAAACGGGCCGUCUACGACCAGUACGGGGAGGAAGGGCUGAAGACCGGGGGCGGCUCCUCAGGCAACACAGGAAGCAAUUUCCACUACACUUUCCACGGAGACCCCCACGCCACCUUUGCCUCCUUCUUUGGGGGCUCGAACCCCUUCGACAUCUUCUUCACCAGCGGCCGCUCCCGCGUCUUCAACGGCUUCGACCACGAUGACAUGGACGUGGACGAGGACAGCGAUGACCCCUUCAGUGCCUUUGGGCGCUUCGGCUUCAACGGCCUCAGCGGCGUCCACCGGCGGCACCCGGAGCCCAUCCACAUGCGGCGGAAGGUGCAGGACCCCCCCGUGGUCCACGAGCUGAAGGUCUCCCUGGAGGAGAUUUACCACGGCGCCACCAAGCGGAUGAAGAUCACCCGCCGGCGGCUGAACCCGGACGGGCGGACCGUGCGGGCCGAGGACAAGAUCCUGAAUGUCGUCAUCAAGCGCGGGUGGAAAGAGGGCACCAAGAUCACCUUCCCCAAGGAGGGGGAUGCCACGCCCGACAACAUCCCCGCCGACAUCGUCUUCAUCCUGAAGGACAAGCCACACGCCCACUUCAGGCGGGACGGCACAAACAUCAUCUACACAGCCAUGAUCAGCCUGAAAGAGGCCUUGUGCGGCUGCACCGUCAACAUUCCCACCGUCGACGGGCGCGUCAUCCCCUUGCCCUGCAGCGACAUCAUCAAGCCGGGCACCGUGAAGAGACUGCGUGGGGAGGGGCUGCCCUUUCCCAAGGCCCCCACCCAGCGCGGGGACUUGAUCGUCGAGUUCAAAGUCCGUUUCCCGGACCGGAUAGCCCCCCAGACGCGGCAGAUCCUUAAGCAACACCUCCCCUGCUCCUAGACCCCGCCCCCCCGCCCCCACCCCUGGGCCGGCCUCCUCUGCGCCUGCCAGUUGCCAGCUGCAAUACUUCACCAGGCUCGACUCGUGGCCUGCCCUCUGCCGCUCCCUGCAGACCACGCCCUCCGUUCCCAGGAGGCGCUCUGGUCUGGCUUGUCUGCGCUCUCCCCUGCCCCGCCCUUCCCUGGACCUGCCUUUCCGGCUGGGGGGGAGCUGCAGCCCCGGCCCCCACCCUGUGCCACUCAGCGGGCUGCUUCUGCCGGACACCUGACCCUUCUGCACUGCGGAAGUAGCCUUGGGGCGAGUUGGACUCCGGCAGCUCUCCUGCUCUCGUGGGGGCAUUUGAAGAUCUUCUUCCUCCUGCUGCCCGGGGGCGGGGACUGGCUCAUGCUGAAAGCCAGCCUAGUCCGGCACGCCCGGAGCAGGCCAGUUUGAACCCGGAGCCGAGCUCUCCUGCACGGCAAAGCCUUUCUCCUCUUCGAAGCGCACAGACUUUUGCCUCUGCCAAACCAGGCCACGCCUCCGUUUCGGCACCCACGGGAGAGCCGGGUGCCCCUCCGGCCAGCACUGCCAAAGAGCCAAGGACCCAGCGGCCUCUGGCUCUGCUUGAACUCCUGCCGCUCACACUUACUCGAAUAGAAACCUUGCCAGGGUCAGUCUCUUUCCUGUCCUCCGUUUUGGGUUGUGCAGAGUGGCUCACGCUGAACUCUCUUGGGACGGGGCUUCUCCCUCCCUCCCCUCCCGGGCCAGAGGCCAGGAGAAUCGCCUUGGCUGGUGUUUGUGGCUGCAGAGACCUUGGCACCUGCCCCAUGGCCUUUGUGGGCAGGGGGUGGGGCAGGACGGAGGGGCGUGCCAACUGCUUGAGAAGCUGGGCCUGGCUGUUAACGGCACUGUCUUUCAAAAACCGUUUCAGAGGGAGAAAUUGUUAAGCCAACGCUACUUCUUGCCAGCUAAACUUUGCUUCACCUGUUGGGGGGGGGAGGGGAGGGGGCUGAGGUAUUAAGGGGGCUGGACUUCAGGGAGGCUUCAGAGCUGCUUUUCAGAAGCCCCUCCCCCCCCGCUCCCCGAAAUGUGGUGCCAAAACUCCCUUCCCCAGGGUCCCUGACUUCGCAUUUUUGAACUGAGGCAUUUAUUUAGCCUGGAACGGGUGACUCCCUGGGUGGGGGGCGGGGGAGUGGGUUGCUCAGCCCACUGAGGCUGGGCUUAUGCCUCUCAUCCUGGGGGUUUCACAGCACUCACAUCAGCUGAUUUUUAGAGCUGCCACUAUGCUAAGAAGUCUUUUAUGUGCAGGAGGGCUGGUGUGCCAGCAGGCGCAAAGCCCAGCCACUCCCUGUAUAGCUGUACAGAAUCUAACACGUCGGAGUCUUUUAACGUGCAAUUUUUUUGAGGGGAGGGGAAAGAUUAAAACUGUCCACACAGUAUUUGACUCGAUCGACCAUCGGACUCGAGCAUCUGAACGGUUCAGACGAGGCCUUUUGCUGCUCCCUCCCGAGCGGGUGUGGCUGGGUGUGCGUGCGUGGGUGGGAGCGUGUGUGUACGUGUGGUGGUUUUGUUUUUAACACAAAAAAACCUCUGGGGCUGUCGAUCCCGGGGCAAGGCCGGUCAGAGUUGGCGGAGAAGGUGGCAGCGCUGCCGGGGGCUUUCUCCGGUUCAGCGAGCCCCCUCGUGGUUUUAUAGCAGUUUUUUGGUAUUUCUUUCCUCUGAUUUUUGUAAUGUCCUGUAUUAAUAUUUAAAAAUAAAGAAGUAUUUUAAAAACA